AUGGGAACCGCUUGUUCACUUGGAUUGAAGCAUUCGUCUAUUGGGCUGAGUGGUGAAGACGGACAUACGAAAGAUGAUUCCUCCAACAAGUCCAAGAGCGCUUCAAGUGCGAUUGUUUACUGCUCGUUGUGAGUAAUAUCGCAUGCAUAUACUGACAUGUAAUACACAUUUAAGUACAUAUUGUUUUUAUUUGACACUGCUGAGAAUUAAACGGUCUGAAUUAUUUGUAUAUUGGAAGGGAAGGGCUUCCAGCAGGAUCAGGCAUCGAUACCCUGGGAAAAGUUAGUUGUAUACUGAGUUUAAGCAGCUCUUUUACAGGGAGCUAGGUUAGGGAGAGAUGAAAAUUUGAUGUAUUAGCGAACAGUAAUUAGAAAUGAAUAAUUAAAUGCCCGAGACUGUGCUAGACAUGUUUGAAGUGAGCAUGCUCAGGUCACUAUAUACGAGAUAUUCAGUAACAAUUAUUCGCCGAAGGCAAGGUGAUUAUAUUCCCCGAUAAUCACCGAGCCUGAGGCGAAUAGUUGUUUUAGUAUUUUUACACAUGCAAGCUUUUGUGUUUUUUGGUACUGAAUUUUAUUUUAAUUUAUCUUAUUUCUUUAUCAGUAAACUUGCACAAAAUGGCUAGCUAGCCGCCAUUUUGCAAAUUUCGGUUUUGUUAUAUUCACCUGUAGGUGAAUAUAAUAUCUUAAAAGUACGUCAAAUUUGACCAAUCAGGUUGUAGGAUUUGUUAUAUUCACUUAUGCAAAAAUACUAAAAUCCGAUAACCACUCAUGAUAAGUGAUGAGAUUAGUGAGCAUAGCGAGUGGCGUUUUUAACACGGACGUCACCCGAAAAUUUGUAUAAGAAAUUUUGGCGGCAUUCUACAUCAAAAAACUUUAAAAAUCAGAUGUUCUGUCAUAUGUGUUGAAAAUUACCACUCUCGGCAACCUGGCGUCUGUGUCGACAAAAAGUUCGCUUGAUUAAGCUCCCUAAGAAGUAAUGUGCGCGCUUUUCACUUCUGUAACAAAAGUGCGUUUCUUGCAGAAUGUAGCUGUUUGAUUGCAAUUUCACUCCAGUCUUAUAUGUGAGAAGAGUGCUUCCAAUCAGUUCCAAUUUGACUCGACCGUACACCGUGGGUUUUCUCAUGCAGACACUCCAGUUUCCUUUUUCAUAACGGCAUGGAUCAGUAUAAGGGAUUGCUCAUUCAGUGUUGUAACGAGUCCAAUCACAUUGGCUCGGACUUGAGUCAGCUUGAGUCCCUAUUUUGAGCGACCUGAAAUAACAAUUUUAGAUUGUAUUAUACAACUAUUUAAAAUGAUAACACGCACAAAGAAUUGGAGUUUCUGCCACGGUUGACGCGACUAUUUAUUGGCUUGAUUCAAUACUUAAUGCUACACACAUUAGCAGUCACCCACCGUAUAUAAUACUUAAUACCACUGCCGCUAGUCAGUCACAAAAGGCCAAACAGCUAGUCCGCCCUGCCUUGGGAAGAAAUGUUGACCCCUCUACGUUGGGAAUGCCGACGCAAUGUUUAAACUAUUAUACUGAUAUUUUGUUCAAAUUUUUAGAUGGAAUCCAUUUCGUAUCUCGCGAGACGACGCCGAGAAUCUUCUUCAAGGAUCGUAUGCAGGGGCAUUUAUUUUUUCUCACAGUGUCACGUCGGAGAUGUUUUUAUCUAUGAGGUAUUAUAACAAUAAUCUCAUGUUACUAUCGAAUAAUAUUCGAAUAAUAUUUUAAAAUUUAGAAUUUUAUAAUAUCGGAAUAUUAUUUGAAUAUAGAUUAGGAAAAGGAGCUGCAAAAGUUCAGCCCCGUGCACGUAUGAUGCAUGGUCAGUAAAUGUACGAUACUCUGCAAGUGUCAAUUCAAGAAUAUUGAUGGUGCUUAACUAGAAGCAUGCUUUUAAAAGAGGCUUCUUUUUUAGGGUUUUGCUGGGCAUAUCUAGUCUAUAUUUUCAUCGGUUCACGCUUUAAUUAAGUUCUUACUAUUACUUCUUUCUGUAUGUUACGUAACACGCGCUCAAAACUAUAUAAUGAGUAUAACAUACCACUUGCGGUUUAGAAAGAAAUUAAAAAGGUAGCUAAUGUAUAAGCCAGCGAACAAAGCUAAAAUAAAGCAAUUUUAAGAGGUACGCGAAGAAGAUUUUCCGUUUUGAACACUUUUCAUAGCACAUACGCGAUAUGGAAAAAAAUUAUCAUGUCUCCACAAGCUCUGUCUUACAAACUAAAUGUGCGGGGAGUAGGGAAGGCAGAGGUAUCCGAGUACUUUGUCACAGAGUACAUGCAGAUAUCCGACUCCUUGUCGGCACCUUUGCUGUCAGCGUAACCGCUGCCAAGUUCCUCUAGAACCAGUGCGACAAGUCGUCAACCUCCCCCGCCCCCACCCCCGCACCAGGAAAACUUCCAAAAUGACGGGCAUUCAUGCAUGCAGGGUGAAUGCCUCUCAUUAGCGUAAUGGCUAGGAACAUGGCAACUGCAUGAUGACUGCAUAACCCACACACACACUGCAAUUGACGCCGUUUCUCUGCAUCCAUCUGGCCAAGAUUUGUGUGGCCAAUAUUUUACCUGCUUGUUUGAAUAUUAUAUUUCUAUCAUUGCCUCCGACAGGAAGUUAUGUAUUCACCUGGGUUUGUACGAGUUGUAUGUGUGUUCGUUGUGUUUGUCUGUCACCACGAUAACACAAAAAAUACCCAGCGUGUGAUAAACACGAAAAUUGGUGGAACUAUCAGAAAUAGUCCAGGGACAAAUUGAUUAAAUUUUGGUUCAAUUUGGAUGAAAAUUGACGAUAAAUUAGCCAACGUUUAUCUUGCUUUCCCACGCAGAGUAAACUGAAUGCGGAAUUAGCCCACUGUAUAAUUUAUGCAUGAUACGUAUAUUCGGUCUCUGAGUGCCCUCUAGUUAUCCAUAAUAUCAGGGCUUAUCUUUACUUUGUUUGCUGCUAACUAAUAUUUUAGUUUUUUAAUGCUGUAGAUAUUAUCUCACUUUCAUGAAGAACAUCUGCCUGCCCCUUGGCCCUUGCCACUUUUAAGUGCCACGUUUCAGUUUUUUACUUUGUGUUUUAUUUUAGUACGGGCAAGUACGUUUGCCAUCAUCCAAUUUUGAAACAAAGUCAGUGUUAUGUGAUUGGUGGAAGAGAUUUCAAUACUAUUGAUGAAGCUGUUUCAUUUUAUCGCACCAGUCCUCUUGGAGAGGCCAUUUUAACAGAACAGGUAAUGUGUAUGUCGAUUAAAGACUCGCAGAUUAACUAAACUAAACUAACUUUCUUUACUGGAAAGCCGCAUGUAUGAUUUCUAAACUGAGCUUCUCUUGAGCGUCAAUGCUGUUUUUGAAUAGCUGGAGGGGCAGUGUCAUACCUUACUAUGCGACUGCUCACCCUCCAGCUAUUCAAGAACAGCAUUGACGCUCAAGAGGAGCUCAGAUUGAACCUCCACUCAUUGAGUGUGAGUGAGCUUUUAGAAUACGGGCGUUAGUGUUACUACUGCAGGAAACUGGUCAUGUAGCGAUAUCGGUGUUAAUUUUUAUGCUUCAAGUCAAAUUAUAUACAAGCGAAUCCUUGUUUAUUUUUCAGCUUCCAUCUUGCUUUCGUUUUUAUUUUUAGUAUCAAUCAGGACAGCAAGCACAAAGUCGAACACAGACAAGCAAUUCGGCAUUAAACAGCCCGCCUGUAAGACCGCAAAGAACGAACGGUAAACGAGUAACAUUUAAUGUACCUCAUUCGAAAUCAAGCAUAGGCUCCGGCCCUGUUAGUAUAACUGUUGACAACAAUGGAUCUCCUAGUGUAAUAACGGGUAGUACGAGGUCGACAGGUGUAAGUAUGGACAGCAAAGGAGGAAGUAUGAUGGACACAGAGGGAGACCUAAAUACAGAGGAGGAGAUGAUCAAGAAAAUGUUAAGUACUCCGAGGAAAUCAAUAUGUAGGAUUCAAGCUGAAGAUUCGCUUUCUACCUCUUCUGGUAAUAUGUUCAAAGAAGAAGAGUUUUAA